UAUAUUUACACAAGGCCAUAUCCCUCUUUCAUUUCUCUCCAUCCUCAAAUCUCUCGAUCUCUAUUUCCCCUCUCGCCGCUAAUAAUUUCCUUUUGUCACCGCCGGCGUUAGAAGAUCGGAAAACACCGGUGUCUUUUGAAAUGGCGACGACGAGAAUGGAUCUGGACGGGAGGCCGAUAAAGCCAAUUACUAUAUGCAUGAUUGGAGCUGGAGGCUUCAUUGGCUCUCAUCUCUGCGAGAAAUUGAUGUCGGAAACGCCGCACAAGGUGCUCGCCUUAGACGUUUACAAUGACAAGAUUAAGCACCUCCUCGAGCCUGACUCUCUCCCUUGGGCUGGCCGUAUCCAGUUCCACCGACUUAACAUCAAGCACGACUCUAGGCUCGAAGGCCUCAUCAAGAUGGCAGAUCUCACGAUAAAUCUUGCAGCGAUCUGUACUCCGGCAGACUAUAAUACACGCCCGCUUGACACGAUCUACAGCAAUUUUAUUGAUGCGCUUCCUGUGGUGAAAUACUGCUCAGAGAACAGCAAGCGUCUUAUUCAUUUCUCCACUUGUGAAGUGUAUGGUAAAACUAUUCAAAGCUUUCUUCCCAAAGAUUCUCCUCUCCGUCAGGAUCCUGCCUACUAUGUUCUUAAGGAAGAUACCUCACCCUGCAUUUUUGGUUCUAUUGAGAAGCAGAGGUGGUCAUAUGCAUGCGCUAAGCAAUUGAUUGAGAGGCUCAUUUAUGCUGAGGGGGCGGAGAAUGGCCUUGAGUUUACAAUUGUGAGGCCUUUUAACUGGAUUGGACCUAGGAUGGACUUCAUUCCCGGCAUUGAUGGUCCAAAUGAAGGAGUUCCAAGAGUUUUAGCAUGCUUCAGUAAUAAUCUCCUUCGACGUGAGCCACUUAAGCUCGUUGAUGGUGGCCAGUCUCAGAGAACUUUUGUUUACAUAAAAGAUGCUAUCGAGGCUGUUCUGUUGAUGAUUGAAAAUCCAGACAGGGCCAAUGGUCACAUUUUCAAUGUUGGCAACCCAAACAAUGAAGUUACAGUUAGGCAACUUGCUGAAAUGAUGACUAAGGUCUAUACCAAGGUUAGUGGAGAACCUGCUCUGGAAUCUCCGACAAUUGAUGUCAGCUCCAAGGAAUUUUACGGGGAGGGGUAUGAUGAUAGCGACAAGAGAAUUCCAGACAUGACCAUAAUAAACAAACAACUUGGUUGGAACCCCAAGACAUCACUUUGGGACUUGCUUGAAUCUACAUUGACCUACCAACACAGGACUUAUGCUGAGGCUAUUAAGAAAUCCAUGGUAAAACCUACUACAUCCUAAGGAAACAAAGACCAUGCCAAAGCAAAGACUCAAGUAAAAUGUGCAUUUGUUUGUUAAUGUUUCAGUUCCUUUUUCUUUUAGGAAGUCUUUAAAUAUAUCUUAAUUGUCUAAUUUCGUUAUAUGCCAAGUAUAUUUUUUUUCUGGUCUUUUUUAUGUGUUGGUAGCUCCCUGUAGCUAAGGCAGCUAUUUUCUCAUAAUGGAAUUAUGUGGGGAACAUUAGAUU